AUGAAUUCUAGACCACGACGUCCUCGAGAACGCUCUCCGUCCUUCGAAGACGUUCGAGAGAAAAGAGGAGAAUCCUCCCGGUACGACAAUGAGAGGCGACGGCGCAGAAGGAGAAGCCCUGCUAGCUCCGAAGAGGACAUUCCAAGAAGAAAAGUCCACGACGAACCUAGCGACCAAGAAUCUGAUCCUGACUAUCCUCCUCCACCGCCACCAGAGCCUGAAAAUGAUGCCAACGUAAGGUAUCGGCCAAUGGUUCCAUUCAGUUGGAGAAAUGAAAUUUGUCGUUUCUUGGAUGUUUCGCCUGAUGCUCUGGAUGAUGAAGUUUUUCAAGCCAUGACCAAAGCGUCUAUAAUCCUGAAGGAAGCUGAGCAGAUGAAGGCCAAAUACGAAGCUGGACGAGGACCUCCUCGCUAUGAAAUCAUCCACUCAGUCCGAUGCGAACAGUCCAGAACUGAAGGUAGACUCUAUCUGGACCAACCUUGGGUUGUAGAGACUGGCCCCAAUGAUGCCCAUUUACGGGGUAGCCAACCUAUCCUGAACUUUGAGCUAUUUCUCGAACGAAACAAAGAAAUUGUCUUUGUGAUUUAUAAAGAUUACAGAUGUUGUGGAAGACAGCACAAAAGUCGUUCUAAAGCCCACACCGAACCGGAUGGUCAAGUCGACGCAUCUUCACUGUUGACUGCGGAACAUAUAUCCAUUAUAUCGCCCGAUCUCAGCUCAGCUAUGGAAGAGUUUUCAGACAUUGCGCUGGGGGACUUUCCUCAUACUGAUUUUCGAAGCGGCGACGAAAUGCGCCAUCCGUAUAUCUGGUGGUUCCAUCGUCGGAAAGAGAUUGACGAAGCCCUCGAGAAUUAUAAGUCAUCGCCAUCGCUACCUAUGGUUCAUUUAUUCCGCGAAUAUAUCCUUGGGCGCAUGACAGAAGAAUGGGAAACAGUUCCUAAUCAACUUGCCAUAUCAACAGAGCAAGGACGCGAUAUCUCAAAACUUUCAGGCGCCGUAACGCAAGGCUGGCUCGAACGAAGACCCUUUCUAGACUAUUCAGCAAAGGUCAAUGUGACUUUUUGGACCUUUGAUGGCACAUUUCGGAAAGCAUCAAAGGAGUGUUCCAUCAAGGACAUCACACCCACACCUACCGAUGACAUGGACGAAUUCAACAUCACCGACUUGCCGCUUUACCCUAUUGAGUAUGCCAGUAGUGAGAUUGCCGAUGCACUUCGUAAGCGCGGUAAAAUGUAUUGGAAGUGUCGGUUCCGAAACUACGUCGGGCUUGCUCAAGAGACAAGUGAGGAGAUUCAAGACUCCAUUGGGUCUCGAUUCAUGGUGGAUAUCGCAACACACAAGAAAUUACAUCGCGAUGCCACCACGCGUUCCCAGCGACAGGAGUCUCCAGGUCCGAACGACCUUGAAUCAAGGUACAUGUCUCAAGACGAUCCGGACCUAGGGGACGAGUUUUUCUUGUGUCUUCCAACCUCAAUCUAUGGAUUCAACAUGGAUAAGAAAGAAUGGGUUAACUUGGAUGUGCACUUUCUAAGAGAUGUCGUUUGGAACACGGAAGCAUUUGAUCUUCUUGUCGUUCAGGAAGAGACAAAGCUCCUGAUUCAAGCUGUGGUCACGAACCAGCUUCGUACUACUGAAAAUGCUGAUCUCAUUCAGGGAAAAGGCAACGGUCUUUUCAUUCUUCUCCAUGGGGGUCCCGGUACAGGGAAAACGCUCACUGCUGAAAGUGUUGCCGAAGUUGCGAGAAAGCCCUUGUAUAGAGUUACAUGCGGCGACAUAGGUACCAAGGCUGAAGACGUCGAACGAUAUCUUAACGUUGUUCUCCAUCUUGGAAAAACAUGGGGCUGCGUUGUCCUCCUCGACGAAGCAGAUGUGUUCCUAGAACAGCGCUCCCUCGUUAACCUUGAGCGGAAUGCUCUGGUGUCCGUAUUCCUACGUGUCCUGGAGUACUAUGAUGGCAUUCUAAUUCUCACGAGUAACCGCGUGGGUAUUUUCGACGAGGCUUUUAAAUCCCGAAUCCAGCUCAAUCUCCGAUACAAAACGCUCGAUCGAGCUCAAAGAAAGCAGAUCUGGAAGAACUUCUUCAUCCGCCUUAGACGCCUCGAGCAGGAAAAUGGGACAACGGGAGGAUCGUAUGGAGCAAACGUGGAUGAGAUGAUGGGCAAGCUUGAUGAUCUGGCUGAAGCUAACCUGAACGGUCGUCAGAUUCGAAAUGCUGUGUCUACAGCGAGACAGUUGGCUAGGUAUCAGAAAGAACCAUUGUCGUAUAAGCACCUGACGGCUGUGAUUGACGAAGCAAAGAAGUUUGAUGAGUAUUUGUUGGAAUUGAAUAGGUCGUAUACGGCGGAUGAGAUUCAGAGAGACAAGGGAGAACGGUGA